AUGUUUCAUGGAACGUUGGAAGAAUGUAAGAACGAAAUUUCAAAUUUACAUUCAUUCAGUAACAGUCAAUCAUUAUCACCAUCACCAACAGUUCAAGUUAAUUCCCAUUCUUUAACUCAAAAAAGCACACAGUCAGUAUUACCACCAUUAUCAAGUCAAUUAGCACGAAACUCGAUAAUCUACCAAAAAGAAAAAAACACAUCACAAGAAUAUUUGAUUAGUGUAUUUGAAGCUGUUGGAAUAAUAAAAAACAUAAAAUUGUAUGAUGAUCCAAAACGUGGUGUUGUAACAUUUGUAAAUUCUUCAUUAGCAAAAAAAGCGAUUGUAUCUGAAAUCUUCAACGGUUUGUUUCUGUGUUGUUUUAUUUUUUGCGUGAGUAGCAAAUGUAUUCAUAAUUUUUUUAGGCAAAAGCUUCUAAGAAAUUCAGCUGCUUGUGUUCUAAGUCGAGAACUUCAAUUAACUUUUUUUCUUCUUCAUGUUAAUUAAAUAGCUUUUUAUUAAAUUGUGUGAUUUGCGUGUUACUCGACUGCUUUAAACUUGGCAAUAGAGAAGUUGUGUUGUUCCAGGUAAUUCAGGGUCCUUUUCUAAUGGCGAAUAGAACUCUAAUUCGGACACUUUCUCUUCUUCAACCCAAACAGUACAACAGCUAUGCAAUUCGC